AAGCUGAACAGUAUUCAGGACGCAGACACGUAAAAUGAAGGAGACCAAUCCCACGUCGCAGCGUGCUGCAAUUACGCAACAUACUUUUACUUGUUUUGAGAUAUUUUGUUGUGAUCUCGAAUCUUAGACUGCGUGUCUUGUGUCUGCUCGAAGCGUGAUGUAAGCUGAGCGCAAAGCAGGUUUUUUUCCCUUGUAAAAUGAAAGUGAAAGUGUCCCGAGUGAGUCAGUGUGCUGCUCAAGCAACAAGGAGAACCAAGGCUCAGAUCACUAAUGAAUAAUCAUGGAUUUAAUCUCAAAGAUACUCAUUUCCCUCUGUCUAUGUGCAGGUGUGCAGAGUGUCCAACAGAUAGCAUGGCUGCCCUGUCAGUUCAUUGAUGAACAUGUGUCUCUUAACAAUGAGAGUCACGUUGACACUCAGCUCAUCCACCGAGAGGCCGUGCUGCAGUUUGGUCAGACAGGAGACUCUGCUGUUAAUCCACGAGCCGUCACCUUCCUGGUCACAGGAUCUAAGCUGGACCUGCGGCGGUACAUGGAGGGGGUGGAGGCAGAACAGUUGAAGUGUGAGAUGCGUAGGUACAGUACAGAAGGAAUCCAUGUCCGCUGGCCUGUCCAGGGGGCUCAGGGCUACAACCGCUGGUUCAGCUGCACCCUCAGACACAUUAAAGGCCUUUUUACCGUCACCGGCUUCCUCAGACACCCAUCUGACCAACCUGCACCAGGACAGCAUGACUACCUCCACUGGCCUGCAAUCGCAGAUGGAGAAAUUCUUUCCACAACAGUUGCCAUGGUCAUCAAAACACAAUCUCCAUCAGUGAAAGCAAGUCUGAGGUCCCAAAAAAAGCUCCACUGCCAAUUUGCCAUCGACCACAAGGGACCAAAGGUCACCGUGGAGUGGCACCAACUACAUCGUGGAAAGAAGAUUAAACGGUUCAGCUAUAUCAGCGACUCAGGGCGGACCGAGGGGACUGGUGUUGGGCUGAAGGAACUCUCAGGUGGAGAUGCCUCCUACAACCUCCGCUCCACAGAGAUGAGCAGCGAAGGCAAAUACAUUUGUUCAGUGUCAGUGAUGCCAUUGCUGGCAGAUAUGCAAAUAAACCUGCACAUCACAGGUGAGAAAUUUAUCAUUUUACUUUUUCAAAUAGGAGGUCAUAAAUUUCUGUUGUCUGAGUUGCGUCAAGUGCAGCAUAGGUAAUGGUAACUUCUUCUGGAUACUUCUGUAAAGAGAGACAUCAGAACAUCUGCUUCUCAGCAAAGUCUUGGUUCAGGACACACCAUCCUGAAUGCUAUAGUUUUAUGCAGUAGCCACGAGUUUCAAUAUUUCAUCCUUGUUUCUGAGAAAUCUUAUUUUGUCUGUCAUUUUGACAAGACAGAUGUGUCUAAAUACUACAUUACCCAUGAAACUUGUGGUGAUUCAAGCCUUAGAUUAUAUUUGAAGGUUUCUCAAGGUUAUAAUCUUCAGCUCUUGUCAGAUGUUAGCAGCUCACAUGAUUGGAUGAUUUGUGCUGAAAUGCAGCUUGGGAGUGGUAAUCAACAUCCUCCACCAAACUUGUACCAACACAGAGCUGAUUAUAUUAAACAACCAGAUACUUUGUAGUGUAGGUGAGUUUCAUACCAGUCCAAGACUUUAUAUUCUUUAUUUAAUUGUAGCAUGCAAGAGGACUGCAUAUAUUUAUUAUGAUAAAAAUGAAUGGCAAUGUUGCUUGUGUAUUUGUCUUGUGUG